UUCAUUUCCCAUCAUCCCUCAGCGUGGGCUGUAAGGGCUCGGGCGGAUGGGAGUUGGAGUCUUAGCAACAACCGAAGAGGCCUUCCUUAGGAAAUACAGAGCGAACACUUAGGACAGUGGUCCCCAAACUGUGCCCUUUAUUAAGAGAGUUUGGACUUCAGCUCCCAGAAUCCUAUACUAUUGGCCAAAGUGGCUGAGGCUUCUGGGAGCCGAAGUCCAAAGCACUGAGCCAGGGCGACGAUCUUUCUCCUCUCUCUCUCUAUGGUUCGGUGGCCCGGAUGACGUUCGGAAGGCGCAUGCGCAGAGAGGCGGCGCGCGGAGGAGGAGGAGGAGGGUGGCAGUUGGAAGUGGAAGGCGUCGCGAGCGGGCGUCCUUUUCGCUCCUCUCUCUCUGUGAGCCAUGUCUGCGUCGGGCGCCUUGCUGCUGGAGAAGCCGCAGAUGAUCGCGCACGCGCAGCAGGGCCUGAGCUACACGGUCUUCGAGUGCAAAUUGAAAAGCCAAGGCCUAUUAAAUGUGGAACUUUUGGCGCUUCUUCUCUGCAACAAAGAUAUCUGGCGACAGGGGAUUUUGGUGGAAAUUUAAAUAUAUGGAAUUUGGAAGCUCCAGAAAUCCCAGUUUACUCUGUGAAGGGACAUGAAGAAAUCAUAAAUAGUAUAGAUGGUGUUGGUGGCUUAGGGGUUGGGGAAGGAGCCCCAGAAAUUGUGACAGGAAGUCGUGAUGGGACUGUGAAGGUGUGGGACCCAAGACAAAAAGACAUUCCAGUUGCAAAUAUGGAACCAGCACAAGGAGAGAGCAAGAGAGACUGCUGGACAGUAGCAUUUGGCAAUGCAUAUAAUCAAGAAGAGCGUGUUGUAUGUGCUGGCUAUGACAAUGGAGAUAUCAAGUUGUUUGACCUGAAGAACAUGACAUUACGAUGGGAAACCAACAUUAAGAAUGGGGUUUGCAGUCUUGAAUUUGACCGGAAAGAUAUAAAUAUGAACAAAUUGGUUGCUACAUCACUUGAAGGAAAAUUCCAUGUAUUUGACAUGCGUACUCAACAUCCAACCAAAGGUUUUGCUUCAGUAUCAGAGAAGGCUCACAAAUCUACAUUGUGGCAAGUUCGGCAUCUUCCCCAGAACAGAGAUAUAUUUUUAACUAGUGGAGGAGCUGGAAAUCUUCAUCUUUGGAAAUAUGAGUAUCCUGCAGAGCGCUCCAAGAAAGAUUCAGAAGGUGCUGAAAUGGGAGUAGCUGGUUCGGUUAGCCUUCUCCAGAAUGUGACACUGUCAACACAACCUAUUUCUAGCCUUGACUGGAGCCCUGACAAAAGAGGUCUCUGUGUCUGUAGUUCAUUUGACCAGACUGUGAGAGUACUUAUUGUCACUAAAUUGAACAGGAUUUGACCAAAAGAUUUCUAACGGAGAAAAGUUUUCUUGGAUGUUUCUAACUAACCUUUCCAGAGUUCAUUGAAAUAUCAUUAUAUGACCUCAUAUUGGUACCACAAAAUGUGGAAAAAUUUUGUAUGGGGAGCAUUUAUCUGUUAAUAAAUAAAAUGUGCCUUUGUUUUUUGCAGAUUAAA